GGAUAGAAAUUCAAUUUGAGAGUGUAAUUGCAGUCUUACUAUGUAUGAUGUCCUUCUUCUUCAUUGUUCUGAAUUUUGGAUCUCCAAAUCGUGUUAAAAGAGGAUGUGUGGUCUUGGUAAUAGCCGGUUUGACUGAAUUAUUUCUGGUUGGCCGAAUGUGGUCUGCCAACUCAAAACUACAAGACGAAGUUCAUUCUCCUUACACAGAACUGGAGUCGAAAGGCAUUUAUAUGAAAGUCCAGUUUCCUUUCUCAAUCAUGGUUGCACUGUUUGGUUUCCUUCCUGGUAUACUUGCCAUCUGUUUUGGUGUGUCUCUGCACGCAAAAUUAACCCAAUUGCAAAGAGAUUCAGGAGGCCGGAUGCUGAAUUUGGUUCCAUCUCAACCAAAUAACUACAGGAUCCUUCAAGAAAGUUAACUAUGCUACAGCAAUCAAAAGAAUGAAAAUAGCUGAAAGAAUUGUAUUUUAUUGUUAUACGUAAUUGAUAUUAAUAGCUAUAAAAAGAGAGUUUUCUUUUAUAUUUUGAAAUUGAAAUGAAGUGUUUCAUUCUUGAUGUUGUUUCCUUAAAAUGCUUAUACUACAAGUUACUUUUGGAAAUUUGUCAAUCAUAGGAUCAAACACUGCCAUUCACUUAACUGAAAGGUGACUGAAAGUUAAUUACAUGGGUACAGAAAGGAAGAGUUCUGCCAUACAGUGACCUUUCCUUUAACUGAUAGGCACCGAUUCAUUCCGUGGUUUUUUUUAUUUAUUUAUUUAUUUAUUUUUUUUUUUAGAUUUUUGAUGCUUCAAAUUAAAAUGGUCUCUAAUAUGAAGAUUAUUUAUGACUUUGCAGUAAUAAAAUAUCAAUGUCUUUCUCACAUAAAACUCUAAGAUUUGUAUGUUGUAAAACAAUUUAUUUUUUAACAAUAUCUUUUCUGGUUUUCUUUUUACAUUUGUUUAAAUUUGGUAUUGUUUUCCUUAUUAAUACUAUCACGUCAUUACGUUGACGUUACCUACUUUAACGACUUGACGUUGACAUUUUGUAUAAGAAAGCAACAUAUGUACGUUAAUGGAAUGAAAAUAACCAAUAAAGGCUCUUCUCCAAAAUUUUGGGAAAA